UGGAAAACAGAUGAUUUCCGCUGUCAAUCGAAAAUUAAAUGGCUUUAAAGAACUUAAAUGAAAUGAGAGCAUCGUAAUGCAACUAGAAAUUCAUCCCAGUGUUAUGGAAACUUUGUUUACGCGAGAUAAUAUGUGACGUAUUGCUUGAUUUACGCUGGAAGCGUCUAUUCCCAUCCUCUGGCCUAAUUUGCACAAAUUGUCAGCUGAGAUGUGGGUAAGCGUGAAUGUUUGGUUGCUGCUAGUCUUUUUUCCUUCGUCAAGAGCAUCAUGCCAGCACCAAAGAACAGUCCUUACCAAUUUAACUGGCAUCCUUACUGAAGAGGUUCCAGACGAUCAACACAGCACCUAUCCACAUUAUGCCAGAUGUGAAUGGCUUAUUGAUGCUCAGCACCCAAAUAAGACCAUCAUUCUCAAUUUCGAGUAUAUAGACACAGAGUGCUCCUACGACUUCCUGUUCAUCUACGAUGGCGACUCCUACAACUCUCCCAUGCUUGCCAGUCUUAGUGGAAGCAACAAUCCAGAAACUAUUUUGGCUAGAUCCGGGAAGAUGCUGAUGUACCUGUUCAGUGACAGAAACUAUGAACGGAAGGGCUUCAAGGUUCACUAUGAGAUAAAAGACUGCCCAUUUAACUGCUCCAAUCAGGGCAACUGUGUGGACUUCAGAUGUUACUGCUACCCCGGCCGGACUGGGGAGUUCUGUGAGAGAGAACAAUGCCCUCUAGAUUGCUCACAUGGACAGUGUGUACCAGAUGAUGAAAAUGAUAACAUGACUUCCAGCUGUAAAUGUGAUCCAGGAUACAUUGGGUAUAUGUGCAAUAUAAGCAUCAAUGAUGCUGAAGGGAGUGAAUACUGGUACGAUGUUUUACCACAGGGCAUGGGGUUAAAGUCCAGAUCAGCCCAUGCUGGUGCUUUUUUACAAGAUAUUCAGUGUUUGUAUGUGUUCGGCGGAUUUUCUCUGAAUGAAGUUUUAGGUGAUCUCAAAAAGUAUUGUUUUGACACAAAUAGAUGGGAUGAUGUUGAAAAAAAUAAUUCAUGGCCCGAAGGGCGUUACGAACAUGCAGUGGUGGUAUUUGAAAACGGGUUUUACAUGUUUGGUGGUAUAUUAGAAAGCGGGUCUUACAGUAACCAGUUAUGGUAUUUCAAUGCAUCUUUAGAAACAUGGGAAAUGCAUGCCAAUGACAGCACUGUUCAACCAUUGGAACUAUCAGGGCAUACAUUGACCAGGGUUGAAGAUGAUUUAUACGUGUUUGGUGGCAAAACUGUGGAUGGCCAGUUUUGGGCGAAAAUGUAUAAAAUCGACGGAUACAUUCCAUCUCAGUGGGAGGAGGUUCUACCUUUGGCAGGAAAGUCUUCAGCACGCAGACUAGUCGGACACUCAGCUGUGUACCAUAAUGAAUCUAAAUCAUUGCUGAUCUAUGGUGGCUACUCCCACUCACCAGACCAACCAAGAUAUGGCUCACAUACAAAUGAUCUGCAUAUAUUUCACAUAAAAAACUUGAUAUGGUCAAAGAUCAACUUUGACAUUGACAAAAUUUCUCAAAAUGUUCCUAGUCAGCGCUCCUUCCAUAGUGUUCAGAUCAUGGGGAACUACAUGGUAGUGUACGGGGGAAAUGCCCACAUUCACCAUGAGGUGGAAACGUGUUACGACUAUAAGAUCUACCUGUACCACCUUGGCUGUCAUGUAUGGGUGGAUGCCUCCACAUUGAUGGGAAAGUACAUGGAAGUCAUUGAGUCUACAACUAAUCGAGGGCGUGUCAGUCAUGUGUCUGCUGUUGCCAAUGGUAACCUGUUGCUGGUUGCUGGGGGUUAUGCAGGCUAUGUGAAGGGUGAUCUCCGGCUGUUCAAGUUUCCACAAAUCAUAGCACCACCAAGUUAUGAAGCGGGCCUUGACCUGGAUUACUGCAUGAACAUCACCUGGAGGGACAAGUGUCAGACCAACCCAGCCUGCUUCUUCUGUAACGACCCAAAAUCCUGCAUGCACCGCACUCUCGAACAUAAAUGUAAAGAAAUGACCAGCUACAUGGCGAUGCCACGUGCACUUUGCCCUGGCAUCUGCCCACGGCUCACCACGUGUAUCUCGUGCCUGAGCCAGGGUCAGGGUGCUUCGCUCACUGAAAAAUCCCUGGAGAGGCGCACAUACAUACAGCCCUGUAACUGGUGUGUCAAGGAGGCCAAGUGUCAGCAGAGAUCAAAGCCUCAGGGAAACUGCAUCUCGCCCACCAACACUGUGUCAGGUACGGUGGGCUGGUGGAACGGUUUAAGCGCCUCCUUGAGUCAGAUUGAUCAGUGUCGUGUAGAGGACCUCCCGGCUGGUCUCAUUGCGACCAAGUAUCGCUCUGGUUUCGGGGAGAACAACAUGCCUGAUGAGGUGGAGAUAAUCAGACAAACCACCGAGUCUGAGACAUUUCGACACAUCUAUGUCCGUCAGGGAUACAAAAGCCAAAUUCGCUGGUCAGGUUUUAUUCACCCACUCAACGCCUCUGUGACUGGGCUUAUCAGCAGUCCACUGAUGCAGUACGCCCUGCAACUCAUGGUGGAGAAGAUAUCUGUCAAGAUCUGGCUCAGCAGGAAUGAGACCAAACUAGCUGAAAAGGUUUUUGACCUGGACAUCAAGGACAAGAAUGGCCGUAUUGAAGAUGAACAGAUGACAAGAGCUGAUCGCAGUCUUCUUUUCCCUAACAUCUCAAGGGGCCUUAAGUACUACAUAGAACUGAGCGGCCUUCAUGACUACCCAAACUACUCUGAGAGCAUGCACCUUGGAGUGAAAAUGUACAACCUGACACUCAAGUGGGAUGGGAAAGCAAACAAUGGUAACCAAAUGCCCAAGUACCACCCGUUUAGCUAUGAAUUCCUGGAACCAUACAGCCAGGGUGACUGUAAGAAGUUUACCAACUGCCUCUCCUGUAUGACGGACACCAAGUGCGGCUGGUGUGACCCCAUGGAUAGUUGCAUGCAGCGAAACAACUCCGACAACACAUGUGUGGGGGAAGGGAGUGUACUCAUGAUCACCGAGCCGUCCGUCUGUCCUGUGUGUUCCGAUCAUGUGGAGUGUGACUCAUGUUCAGAGGAUCGUCUAUGUGAGUGGGUACGAGACUCAGUGUGUUGUGUACGUCGAGGUCAGGCUGAGGAGAGCAAGGUCGUCCGUCACCCAGAUCAGUGUCCUGCCACUUGCCAUGAGCGACAGAACUGCAGCUCUUGUCUGGACAUUAGUGAGUGUGCAUGGUGCGAGAAUCUACGAACUUGCCUCCCGUUCUAUGACUACGUAUCUCGACACCGACAUGGCCAGUGCACGGAGUGGAUAGACAGUGAGACUAAAAGCGCCAGUAACCCCUUCAUGUGUAGAAAUUGCUCUGAACACAAGAAGUGUGACAAGUGCAUGCUGACCUUCAAUUGUGGGUGGUGUGGGAACGUAGCUAAUCCAACCAUCGGGGUCUGCAUUGAAGGAGACUUUGCUGGUCCUUAUGGAAAUGUCACUUGUUCGGCGAUAGUGAACACAAACCAUGGUAAUAUUGUGAAGAUGUCUGAUCACUCCGAUUGGUCGUACAGCAGAUGCCCUGACGUUAAUGAAUGUACCCUAGGUCUCUCACAUUGCCAUGCCAAUGCCACGUGCACGGACACACCUGAUGAGUAUAUCUGCACAUGCAACAGAGGUUUCUAUGGAGAUGGAAAGUCAUGCACAAAAACGUGUUACCACAAGUGUGCCAUGGGAGAAUGCCUGGAGGACCAGGGGGAAUAUUACUGUGACUGUAACAUAGGCUGGACAGGGGAGGACUGUGCUGUAGACUGCAAGUGUAAUGGACACAGUGGUUGUGAGUUUGGUGUGGGAAAGUGUGAUUUCUGUCUCAAUGGGACAACUGGGCCAUACUGUAACGAGUGUCUGGAGGGAUACUAUGGGGACCCCAAGACAGUCGAUGGCUGCUUCCCCUGUCAAUGCAAUGGGCAUGGAAAUGAGUCCCUUGGUCUGUGUAACAACUCUACAGGGGCUUGCUACUGCACCGGGCACACCCAGGACUACCACUGUAACAAGUGUAUGGACAACUAUUAUGGGAACCCAGGAAAUGGUGGGAAGUGUUACCUGCAGUGUGACCAUGGUAUGAUAGUGAACAACCUGACAGCAGGCUCCAUGGGCUCCCACAGUGGGCCAGGGGUGUCAGGCUGGAGGGCCUACUGCCUGUGGAUCCUGAUGACGGAGCCUCGGGCCCAUCCACAGAGCAUCACUUUCACCCUGGAGCAGCUUGCAGUGGAGUGUGAACUGGACCAUGUGUAUGUGUAUGAUGGUAUCCCUGAGUUUAUAGACAGUGCGGGCCUUGGUGUGUUACUGGGAGCCUUCUGUGGGUUCCACUCAUUGGACAUCAACGUCACCGCCAACUCCGGAAUACUCACCGUUUAUUUUGAUGCUGACAUUAGCGGCGAUAAUUCCACUACCCAAGGCUUCAACGCCAGCUACCAUGUGAACAGGUGCAACCAGAUAUGUGACAACCAUAGCAACCAGAUGUGUUACCAUGGUGAUUGUGUUUGUAAAGAGGGCCUGGCUGGGUUUCCAGGAUGCAACAUCACAGUCUGUGAAGAUGGAUAUACAUUCAACAAGGAGGAGUCGAGUUGUGAAAAAGUGAUCACCGAGGGAUCAGCCACCUACCAGAUAACUGCCUUCCCCCCACCCCCCUCGACUCUACCCCAAGGUCCCAACACCCUGAGCUAUGACCCUGUCAGUCACACCUAUGACCCCUGGGGUCAGCGUGGCCCCGUGCCUCGGUAUGGUCAUGUGUUGAUCCACUGUGAUAAUGACAUCAUGUACGUGUUUGGAGGGCGAUCAUUGAAGUAUGGACUGCUGAACGAUAUUUGGCAGUACAGUUUUGUAACCCAUAAUUGGACGGAAGUUAAGCCCAUCUCUAAUAUUCAACCAAACUCCAGGUACUUCCACACAGGUGUGUGUAUCCCAGGACGUAAGACUUUCUACAUAUUUGGGGGACUGGUGGGACAACAUGACACCAGCAAGGAGAUGUGGAAGUUUGCCAUCGAUGCUCGCAAGUGGUCAGGACCAAUGGAGCCAGUGUGGGUGAGUGAAGUUGCAGGCCACAGUAUGACGCUGACAUCGGAAGAUAAGCUGGUGAUUAUUGGUGGGUUCUCAACGAAAGACUACUUCAGUGACAGUGUGUACGUGUUUGAUUUCAACAGCUACCCCACAAACUGGGAGAGGCACAAUACGGACAACAUCACACAGGCUAAACCUACAGGUAUCUAUGGGCACAGUGCGGUAUACGAGCCCCAAUCACAGACCAUUUACAUCUAUGGGGGCUAUGUGUACCGAGAAGAAAGAUGGAGAGUAUCUCGUAGUCUCUUCACCUACGAUGUCGCCACAAACUCAUGGAACCUUCUUCAGCCAGAGGUUCAGGAUCUGCCUGAGAUGGAGCAGUUUUUGAAGGAGACACGGUAUUUCCACAUAGGGGCUGGUUUAGCUGGUCACAUGGUUAUCCUGGGAGGGUUUUCCCACCAGCACGAGCCCAGUGAUGUGGCCCUCGUGUACAACUACCGCUGUAACUACUGGCACAGGCUUCAUCUCGAUGACAAGACAGGUCGAGAGCUCCUCUCCCUGGUUGGAGCGAAGGCUGUUGUGUAUGAGGAUGCCGUGUACGUGUUUGGAGGUCUGGGAUCCCGAGUGCAGGGAACUCUGUACAGACUCAAACUGCCUAGAGACAUAUGCAACAUCUACAAUACCUCUUGUCGAAGUAAGCCCGGAUGCUCUGAGGCCCAGCUGAGGGUGGAGGAUCAGAAUGAAACUGUGUGCUUCUCCACCGAUGGUGACCCACCUCCCAGGCGAGGACGUUACGUGGCCAAGUAUUUGGCUGCUCGCUGUGACCUUGACUGGCACGACACACGCCGAUGUGGGAACAUUAGAAACUGCUCUGAGUGUAUUGCCACAUAUCCACAGUUUAAACAAGCACAGCCGGCAUGCACCUGGUGUACAAAGUGCGUGUUUGGUCGAUGUAUCAGUCGAAGGGACACGUGUAGGGGCCAGAUGAAGUGUGAGAUAGUUCCAAAUACAUCCAACUCCUCUGCACUGACACCUGUGACCCCUACAUGCCCAGUGAAGCUCUGUAUUGCCUCAACGUGCCAACGCUGCAAGGAUCAGGGCUGUCUGUGGUCACUGAACAUACCUAGAGAGACCAUGAGCACAUUCCUACCCUCAAAAGAGUGGACUUGUGUUCUUUCAAAGCGGAUGUACCUUGGUUACCAUGGCAACCGGACGGAAGUGCUGGGGCAGAAAGAUGAGUGCCCGAAACCGUGUUAUGAAUAUGAGUCGUGUGGAGAGUGCCUCAGCUCAAUUGGGGGAGAGGGAGGUGCUAGCGAGUGCUUUUGGAGUGAGGGUCUUAAUGAGUGUAUGCCACCAGCCUACUUGUCCCUCCACUGCCUGGGUGGGGUAUGCGGUACAAUCCUGCAAGGCCCCCGAGACAAAUGUCCCCUGCCCUGUUCCACAUAUACCAAGUGUGCGGAUUGUCGCCAGGCACAGGGGUGUGGAUGGUGUGCUGAUGGGAGCGAGAAUGGACGCGGGGUGUGCCUCCAGGGCACGCUCAGUGGGCCUUUCAACCAGCAGAUGUGUAAGAAGAAGAAUAAUGCCUAUCCUGAGAAAAAAACAGACACAGACGUAUUUGAGCGUGACCCGCAGUGGGCGUACGCAACAUGUCCACCAGAAAAUGAAUGUCUAAACGGCCACGACAACUGUGAUACGGACACAGAGGAUUGCAGUGAUCGGCUAGUCGGCUUUUUGUGCACAUGUAAACGAGGAUAUAAGAGGGAAGACAAGGACGGUGUGAGCGUUUGUAAACCAGUCUGCCACCAGGAGUGCGGUGAAGGUGAUUGUGUCCGGCCUGACGAAUGUGUGUGCCACUUUGGGUAUGUGGGGCGUAACUGUUCCACCAAGUGUGAGUGUAACGGCCACAGCGACUGUGCCAGCGUGGAGGAGAAGAGGAAAUGUCUUAACUGUACAGAUAACACACAGGGUUCCCAGUGUCAGGAGUGCAAGCCCCUGUAUGUGGGGGACCCCAGGGAUGGUGGACGGUGUACCUCAUGUCAUGACUUCUGCCAUGGUCACUUUGAUGUCUGCCUCUAUUACCUAGACACUGCACGCUUUGGCCAAGAGAUUGACAGACUUCUGAAGAAAUAUGGGAGUGCCAAGUCUCAGGCUUUUUAUGAAGAGUUUAAGCGUUACCAGCAUGCGGGCCCUACAACCCGGAACAGCACCAAGUGUUUAAGUUGCCGUGACAACACAAAAGGCGAGCGAUGUGAGAAAUGUGAGCCGGGAUACUUCCGCAGACCAAACAUGAAACCAGAUGAACCCUGCAUCAAAUGCAUGUGUAAUGGUCACGGGGACAGCUGUGAUGCAGACAGCGGCCUGAACUGUGUGUGUAAGAACAACACAGAGACGCGGUGUAGCAUUGAACAGGGAAAUAGUGACCCCAAAUGCCAUGAGAAACAGUGUGCUGACUGCAAAGAGUAUUUCCUGGGAAAGCCAAAGAGUGGCCACCAGUGUUACCGCACGAUGACCGUGAGUCGUGACUACUGUCUCGAUCCCAACACGCAGGCUGAGUGUAACAGGAUUCCUACAGCCUUGGAUCAUGGAGGGACGGUCUUUUUCGUUGUUCAGCCAAAAUAUGUGAAUGUGGACAUCAGGGUGACCAUUGACAUCACCUUUGGAGGUAUCGAUGUGUUUUUCUCCCCUCGAGAGGACACAUUUGUAGUCCACACUGACAGAUACACUGGCAAACACGUAGUUGACCUUGACCCUGGAUACAAGACUUACACACGCCGUAAAAGAUCUGAAAUCGUGGUCACUGAACAAAGUUAUGUGCGAGAAGUGGAGGCUAAAACUUUGAACACAUUCAUUACUGUGCACAGUCCAGAGACAAUUCUGGUAAUCCGCAAUCUGCGAGGAAGGCUUGUGAUCACACUGCCAAAUGAGAAGUUAAACUUGAAAACUUCCCGGUUUUAUAUGGUGUUUUUGAGCACUGGGAGUAGUGUAAGGAAUGAGACCCUGGGAAAUAUAUACUUCAGACAGGAUCAGCCUCAUAUUGACCUGUUUGUUUUCUUUUCUGUGUUCUUUUCCUGCUUCUUUCUGUUUCUUGCCAUGUGUGUUCUUGUGUGGAAAUUCAAACAAGGCUGUGACGCUCGUCGUAAUCGUCAGCAGCGUGCACAAGAGAUGCUUCAUAUGGCCUCUCGGCCGUUUGCUAAAGUACUUAUCCAUAUAGACCAUCCAGUGACUCCAUUUAAUAUAUCUCCAAGUUUACGACCACGACCUCCACGUAAGCCAACGGAGCGGACCCCAUUCUUAGCCAGUGAGCCAAAUAUUCCCCUCUCUCAGACAGUGAAUACCUCGCGUGAUAAGUUUAACAUUGUGCCCAUAGCAACAGAACCUACAGAGGAUGGUAUAUCAGCAGUGGGUACGAUCGUGUUCCAGCUCCCGGGGGGAAACUCCGCCCCCUCUCACCUCUGUCUGGGCUCAGCGCUGAUCACUCAGGUCAGCCACAUGGGGAAAAACAGGCGUCUUCCUGUCUCUUCUAAUUGCUAGCAGAAAAGAACUGGCAGGGAUGAAACAAAAUUAGGAUUCGGGAGAAGCUUUUUUCAAGAUUGUUUAAUAAUUCCUUAGCGUGAAAUAGCAUAAGUUAGUUUUAAAUUCAUGUACAAUUUUUCUUAUUUUUAUCCGAGGCAGUCUUUAUUUCGCUGUACUUAUUGUAAAGAUAUACUGGUUCAUAAACAGUCUUUGUACCACCGAUAUUAUUCAUCGUUAUCUUCUUUUGAUUUGUGUAAGUUAUGUUUUUAAAAAAAGUCAUACCAUGUCAUUAUAUCAAAUUCCAUUGUAUUAAAUCAUUGUUGUUAUUUCUACAUGAUCAUGCUUUAAAAAGGUCAUUACAUCAUUUAUAAUGUUGCUUCUCAUACAGUGAUUCAUUUUGAAAUCUGCUUGGGUGCAUCUGUUCGGACUCAGAUAUUUCACCACCAUGAGUCCUGAGCUAAAAUCUGAGAGUCCCAAAUAUCACUUUGUGCAACUUAAAAACAGUGCAUCCCAAGGAUUCAAAUUUUCAGAAUUAUGGGUCUUCGGAUAAAACAAUGUAUAGGACUCCGGAUGCCCAUCAUAAUGAAUCAUUGCAAAUACAGACAGUUAAGUUUAACUGAAUGCACUUCAAUGCAAGCUUCCUUCUCAUUUUAGUUUAGGUAUGCUAUAUGUAGUAAUGUGUAAAUGUGGAUUAUUGUGAGUAGAUAUGCCACUUAAGCCUCCAGCCUUAAAGGAUUUUAUUUUGGUAAGACUUCUAUAAACUUUAUUGAAAUUGAAAUUUUACAUCAAACAGCAACUGACAGAUAUAUUCAUUUGAAUGGAAAUUUGUAAAUACAAACCCAAAAUAAUACAAUUUUGAAUAGAGUUAUAACACUUUAUGGCAAAUAGAGCAUUUCUGUGACAGUUUAAGAUGAAUAUUAACACUAAAGAGAGAAUUUUCUGUGACGGUUUAAGAUGAAUAUUAACACUGAAGAGAGUAUUUUCUGUGACAGUAUAAGAUGAAUAUUAACACUGAAGAGAGAAUUUUCUUUGACGGUAUAAGAUGAAUAUUAACACUGAAGAGAGAAUAUUCUGUGACGGUAUAAGAUGAAUAUUAACACUGAAGAGAGUAUUUUCUUUGACGGUAUAAGAUGAAUAUUAACACUGAAGAGAGUAUUUUCUGUGACAGUAUAAGAUGAAUAUUAACACUGAAGAGAGUAUUUUCUGUGACAGUAUAAGAUGAAUAUUAACACUGAAGAGAGUAUUUUCUGUGACAGUAUAAGAUGAAUAUUAACACUGAAGAGAGAAUUUUCUGUGACAGUAUAAGAUGAAUAUUAACACUGAAGAGAGUAUUUUCUGUGACAGUAUAAGAUGAUACCUCAACACUAAGAUCCUCUGUAAGCUUUGACCAUGUUUUUGUCAUUGGUUUGACCAUUUUGUUCACAAUUUACAUGAAGAUAUAUGUUUCCAUCUCUGACCCCAUAAAGCAUAAGAGAGUCCCUGUAAGUGUACAUAUUCUCUAAAAGUUUAAAUUCUAUGUUUUAGAAGUCUUAUUAUUUUAUUGAUAUUUAAAAUUUAAUGUAAAAAAACAAUCUUUAACAUUACGAUAAGCAUUUUGUAUUUUUUUUUUUGCCAUAGUGAAGAUUUUCAAAUGUUUAUAACUUUUGUAUACCUAAGAGCAUUUAUAUAUCUCCUGUAGCUUUCAAUGUAAGAUGGCUGACGGUUGGCUAAUGGUUGUCACUGUCAAAAUGGUUUUUAAAAUAAUGUGAGUUUUUCAUUCCAAAUAACUUCCAUAUGCAGUUUUUGAAUUAGCACGUCCGUCAUUGUUUGUAUUAAAAGAUAAUGAAGAGAAGUUAACAUUGUCUGUAAGCUCUGAAUAUCCUUUUAGACACUUAUUAGUGCAUUUUAGUGCCAAAGUAUUGUAUGUAAAAUUAAAAUGAAAUAUUGUUGAAAUGUACAUGUAGUUAGUGGUAUGAUUUUGAUGUUUUAUUGGCACAUGCUCGUGUGCUAUUUUAUAUUGCUUAGUGGCUAAUUUGGCUGAAGUACACUCUAGUUAUGUUUCAGUGUUAUGUGAGCAUUCAUUUGGAAUGACUCUGUAUUUAGGAUACUAGUUUGUCUUAAAGUUCCUCUUUUAAACACAAAGAAGGCAGAACUUCUGACAUACAUGGUCUUGACAGUCAAGCAUCCCAUUUUGCUACUAUAAUGAUGGUGGAAAAUAAAUCCAGAUAUUUUAUAAUCAGAAAUUGGAAUAAAAAGAUUGAAUAACUGAAAUAGAUUUUAAUAAAAACCAUAACCUUUUCUAGAAAUAACAAAGCAAGUACAUAAAAUGUUUUGUAUAACACAUGCUCCAUAACUUGCAGUGUAGAACAGCGUCAUCUGUGAUAAUUUUAUUUUAGCCCUUGAUCAAGCACUCGUGAUGUGGGCACUUGUACAGUUAUGCAACUACUUCCCUAGGUAAUAGAGUGUUUGAUUUUCACUGUGAAGAUGUAUGAUUAUGGAUGCCUGAUAUUUUCUUCCCUCAAAGUAUCUUAGGGUUGGUAAGCCCUUUAGAUAGCUCUGUUGUCAUCAUUAUCAUCGUCCAAGAACAUAAACAAUGUCAUAACUGGUAAAACAUUCAAUAUAUUCCACUGAAACUUUAUACACCUGUUAACGCUAACAAUACGCACAUUGUGGUUUAAUAAUUGUUGAGUUAUGCCAUAAGUUAUCUCAUUAUGCGAUUGUGUUUUUAUUUAGCUUAUUAAGUGAAUUACAUGUAUGCCAGUGAAGCAAUGUUAUUUUUAGCUUUUGAGUAUAUGGUUUAUUUUUAACAUUACACAAUAUAAAUAAGUUUGCUUUGUACAAUAUUAAUAAACGCUACUAACAUCAACUUUCAUAAAAUAUCAAGGUUCUAAGACUUGUGAAAGUGUUGAUGUUUUGUUUUGCUCAAGUUUUUGUUUAACUGGCCCAUAUUUCUUGAAUUAUGUUCAGUCCCUAAUAACAGGAUCAAGCUUAACUCACUUUUAUUGUUUUGGUAUAAUUUGUGUUGUAUUCUCAUUUUGACGAGUUCUAAGCCUUUUAAGGAAAUUAUCUAAAUGAUAAUCACGAUUUACAUAUAUUUUUUUAUUAUUUAAAAUGAAGUUUAAGUAAUUAAUUUGGCUAAAUGAAAUAAGAGACCCAAGCUUUUUACUUUUAAGAUGUUUAAAGAAAUUGGGGCCUGUACCCUGUUUCAGUCAAGGUCUUAGGCUUAAGAUCAUAUUUCUUGGCUUAACCCUGUUAGGGCUUGUCUUUGGAACAUUUAUGAUAAAGAUUCUGCCCAUAACUUUACAGGUAUGUCAAAGUACUCAUAAGUCGUGUAAGGAUUACGAUUAAGAUAUCUUUUUGAAACAGGGGCUGGGUGGUUAUAUCUUUGUAUAUUCUUCUAUUUCAAACUGUAUGACCUCACUGUUUUGUUCUCUUAGUUAGAUUCUAUAAAACUUGAGUCAAAAAUAUGAAUUGUAUGCUGUACUUAUUUAUUUAAUGAAUUAAGCUUAUUUUUACUAAAAUAAGACAAUAUUAUACACCAAAUUCUGCACUUUAUUAUACCAGUACAUUUUGCACAUGAUAUUUUUAUGUAUAUGUUUGAAUUUUGUCAAUGUGUCAUUUCAUUGUUCUAUUCUACUGUGUGUCAUGUUCAAUGUGUCAAUAGUUGUAUGAUAUUUUGAGAAGCUUUUGUAUCUAGUUUUUGUACAGUUUGUAUAUAGAGCCCUUUUUUUUACACAUCUUCACUGUACAUAAUGAAUGUGAUUUUGUAUCAUGAAUGAAUUUUUGCACAGUAUCAAAUAUUAAGCAUUACUGUUGUUACGGUUACAUGAUAGAACAUGAUAGAAUGAUUGUUUUACAUAUAUUUACAUUGUCUUGUACUUUUUAUCAUUUUCCAUAAACUAUAUAACUGGCAUAGUAAUGAACAGGUCUUCAAACUUACAUGGACUUUAUGGGAAUUGCCAAAUUGAAUUAGGGCAUUCAUGAUUGCUUACAUGCUCCGGAAAUGAAUUUCAGUCCUUCAAUAAAUGACUAAUUGUUCAUGAUUCUAGUAUAUUAGAACCUUUAUGUGUAAUGUGCGGGUUUAACUGUUUUUAUUGUGUAUUUGGAUCAGUGUUGGCUUAAAAAAAGAAUUACCGGGUUUUCACAUAGUGAAACAUUGUAAUUAGAAUGAAAUAUGUUGUUGUUUGGACGGGAGACGUUUAACUGGCCGUCAAACUCUCCUAUGAAACUAAAUAACUUCGUUACGGUUGACAUAUUAUGACCACACUUGGUAUAUAUGAAGAGUUUAUGGAUACCUUUUUUGCGUUUUGGGUCUCUGCAGUCAAGGUCACUGUUACUAAAAAACAACAGUUGUAACUGAAUUAUCUUCAGUUUUGGUUGACAUAUUGUGACCAGACUUGGAAGAAAGGUAGAAUUUAGGCGUGAUCAAACUUGGUAUAUAGGAAGAGUUUAUGGAGACAUUUCAUGGGAUUAUGUGUAGGUCAAAGUCACUGUUACUAAAAAUAGAAAAACAGUUGAAACUGAAUACGCUCAGUUUAUGUUGAAAUAUUGCGAGGAAACUUGGUAUAAAGGAAGAGUUUAUGGAGAUCUUCCAUGGUGCAACCAGGUGCAACAAAUCAGCUAAGUUAUAAUUCUAACACCACAGGCUGAGUUUCUUUUGUCAGUCAUUGAAAACCUGGAAUUGACGCAUUGUGGCUUAUCUUGUAUUAUAAUUGCAUUCUUUGUCAAAAUGUACCUCAUACCUUGUCUGAUUACAUCGGUUUUUUACGCCAGUAGAAAUCAUGCCACCUUAUUCUUGGGAUAAUAACCCAUUACGGGACGGCUUGAUGUGAACCAUUACAGGCAGAAAUGGAUGUGAUAGUGAUUUUAAAGCAAUCAGUUUUUGUCAUCAUAGUAGAUAUGUUUUACACACAAAAAAGGCAUAUCAAUGCAUCCACAACCUUACAUACACAUAAAACCAUGGGAAUCGCAGUUCUAUUAUGUAACAAGAAACUGAUGUCAUAUCAUCUGUUUCUCUCAGACCCAUUUCUGCUUGUCCUGGUUCAUGUUAUUAUUAAGCUCUGUUUGAGUAAAACGUGCUCAUUUAAUUAUUGAUCAGUAUUACAUGAUGAUUUGUAAAUGUAUAUUGUAUGUUAUUGGGUGGGAGCCAAACAGUUUUAAGUUCUUCUCUUUUUAAUGUCACUUAAAACUGUUUUGUAUUCAUCUCUGAAUGUCAAGGGGUAAGAGUGAAAAGGUUCUAUCUGCUAAAUUAUUAAAUGUUACUUAGAACUUUUUCACUUUAAACCCUCAAUUAGUGUACAUGCCAGUCGAAUUUCUUGUGUAUAUUUAUCAUUGUGAAUGGUUUUGAUAUAUUGGUUAUAUUUCGGCCAGUUGCUAUUAUAUAUCUAUUAUGUAAUUGUUGUUAAACAUUUUGAAUGAAUCUUCGAUGUGCGUUUUAUGGAACAUAUAUAUCACUCACAUUUGAAAUAUUAUUAAAAUGAGAAAAUAC